AUGAUGUCAACUGAUGAAUCGUCCCUACAAGCAGCUAUUAAUGAGAGUCAGAAAGCAGUAGAUGCUGGAUGCAUGCCAUUUGGUGCUGUAUUGGCAAACUCCAAGGGAGAAAUUCUGGCCGAGGCUCAUAAUGGUAGCAAGGCCAAGAAAGAACGAGGCGGUGCGGGGGACGUGACAAAGCAUGCCGAAAUGGAGCUCGUUCGCAAGAUUUCCACUACGAUCGAUCUGGAUAUCCGAAAGACCUGUACCCUUUACACUUCGACAGAACCCUGUGUCAUGUGUGCGGGUGCCAUUUACUGGUCGGGUGUAAGUCGCAUCGUGUAUGGAGCUUCGGCCAAACAAUUGGAGACUCUUUCCGGACCAGGAGGCUUUGAUAUUCCUGUUGAAACACUCUAUUCCAUGGGAAAUGGAAUACGUCCGAUGGAAUGCAUCGGUCCAUUGCUCAGUGAACAUGCCAUGAAAGUCCACCGAGAAAGUGGAAUUUGGAAGGGGUGUCCACCGCCAUCUGCAGAUAACUCAUUUCAAGCCAAUGCUGAUAUUGAAACAGAACGAUCUUUAUUUACUAGUGGAAUCGGAUCUGCAGCUGCUGCAAAAAGUGGAGAUUACUCGGUACCUGUCAUUGACCUCUCGCAAGGAUCCGAUGACGAAAUUGCCGAACGUCUAUGGAAUGCCGCAACGACUGUCGGGUUUUUCAGCUUGGUGGGGCAUGGCAUUCCACAGAGUGAUAUUGAUGCAGCCUUUGAAGCUUCCGCCACGUUUUAUUCGCAGGAGCAAGCGGAAAAGGAAGCCAUGUCCCCGUUUGCUCGUCAGCUGAAUUCAGGCUACGAAUAUAUGAGCCAAGUUCGACCAUCUACCGGGACGGCGGACCAAAAGGAAAGCAUGCAAAUUACAUUUCGAGAAGGAGUAAUGGAUGGCCGAUGGCCUACAACACCUGGCGACUUUCGAGAGGUUUCGGAACGACUCGCCUCGCAAUGCCACAAACUGGCCAAUCGGCUCAUGGAUCUAUUGGAACCACGAGCUUGUCCCAACCUGAAGCCAGGAACGCUAUCCAAGGCGCACAACUUGGGCGUUUCAGAUGGCCAAUGUACGCUUCGCAUGCUGCACUACACACCAAUGGAUGCCGAAACCGCCAAACAAUUGACCACGCCAGAUGACAAUGGGCGUAUUUACUGGAGAGCUGGUGCCCAUACUGAUUGGGACUGCUUGACGCUGUUGUUCCAACGUGUUGGACAGGCGGGGCUCGAGUGCAUGUCCAACCCUCAAGAUGCCACCAAAGAUGGCGCCCGAUGGACUCCCAUUGAUCCAGUCGAGGGUGGGAUUGCUGUCAACAUUGGUGAUAUGCUAGCGCGUUGGAGCAAUGGCCGAUUGUACUCUAAUUUGCAUCGGGUGCGAAUGCCGACUCCAGCAGAGUGCACUCCUCCUUCCUCCAGAUAUAGUAUUGCUUUCUUUGCGCAAGCAGACAAGUCUGUUUUGAUUGAAACCGAUGGCGCCCAAGAACCUAUCACGGCUGGCGACUAUAUUUUGUCCCGUAUCAAGAGUAACUUUGCCAAGUAA